ACUAAUCAGCUGAUUUCUCCCAUGGCCGCUCCAGCAUAUAUUGUUUCAUUGCUACUCCUGACGAUGAUGUUUGAAGCUAAUGCUACUAACAUUAAAUCAAAACCGAUAAAACUAGGCUCUUCACUCUUCCCUCACAAAGAACCCACUUCAUGGUUAUCGCCUUCUGGCAGUUUCGCAUUUGGGUUCUACAAACAAGGUGGUGGCUUCUUGGUGGGAACUUGGUUAAACGCUAGUGCAGAUAUUACAAUAGUUUGGACAGCAAAUCGAAACGAUCCUCCUGUUUCUUCAAAUUCGACGCUGACUUUAACCAUGGAUGGUCAGCUCAUUCUGAGAACUACUGAUCAUCAAAGCAAGAAUACAAUCAUUUCUAAAUCCUCAGAGCCUGCUUCUUUCGCUAGGAUGUUUGAUUCCGGCAAUUUCGCGCUCUAUAAUCACCGCUCUCAAAUCAUUUGGUCAAGUUUCAACUUCCCCACAGACACAAUACUGGGAGGCCAGACUUUAUAUACCGAGAAUGAAUUGAUUUCCAGUGUAUCGGAAACAAACAGCUCAACCGGACGGUUUUGUGUGAGAAUGCAACGGGAUGGGAAUCUUGUUUCAUAUCCCACAAACACAGGAUAUUAUGAGACAGAGGCUUACUGGGCCAAUGGAUAUUACGGUAACGGACCUUUGGUUCACGGCCUAUAUCUAAACUAUACUGGCGAACUGGUCUUCGUCGACAACAAAUCUGAACCUCUCCAGACUUUGUAUUCUGAUUUUUCGCCAUACAACAGCUCAAUCAUCUACCAAGCAACACUCGGGCAUGAUGGAAUUUUUCGUUUGUAUUCUCAUUAUGGUGAGAACAACACAUUCCUGAAAUGGAGAAAACCAGAAGAAGCUUGUCUGGUGAAGACUUUUUGUGGGUGGAACAGCUACUGUACACUGUAUGAUGAUCAACCCGGAUGCCGUUGUCUUCCUGGUACUGAUUUUGUUGACCCUGACGAAAUGAAUAGCGGGUGUGAGAGAUAUUACAUUGAAGAAACAUGCGCCGGAAUGAACACAAGCACAGAAUUAUAUAACCUCACUUCAAUGGAGAGGAUCACAUGGGAUGAUUAUCCAUAUUUCCAAGCGGAAAUGGACAAGGAAGAAGAUUGCAGAAAAUCCUGUUCAGAGGACUGCAAUUGCGAUGUGGCUUUGUACAAGGAAGGGAUAUGCAAGAAACAAAAGCUUCCACUGAGAACUGCUAGGAGAGACCAAGGUGAGCAGUCCUCAGCUAUAGCCUUCUUUAAAUUGAGCAAGAGAAAUAUCACAAGCGAUGCUGGUGGCAAUUUUGUUCCAGACCCGCCGAAAGCGGCAAAAGUAACCACAAGCAAGAAGACAAUUGUACUAAUUCUCGUAAUGACUGUCAGCUUCAUUACAUGUUCAUGCAUUUUCCUUGGAAUGUCUGGAUUUUUUGUUUUCAAAUACCGAGUUGCCAAAUACAAAUGGCUGUUGGAAACUGGAAAUUUUGGCUCGACCGAUGAGCUUACGAUGCGAUCAUUUUCUUACAACGAGCUGAAGAAGGCGACCAAGGGAUUUAAAGAAGAGCUGGGAAGGGGUUCUUUCGGGGCAGUAUAUAAAGGAUCCUUUUACAAAGGUGAAAAGCUUGUUGCCGUGAAAAGGCUGGAAAAGAUGAUGAAUGACGGUAGUGAAAGAGAAUUCCACGCAGAAAUGCAGGUAAUAGGUAAAAUUCAUCACAAGAACUUGGUUCGGUUGCUUGGUUACUGUGCUGCGGACUCGAAAAGGCUUUUGGUAUAUGAAUACAUGAGCAAUGGUUCUCUUGCUGAUCUUCUCUUUCACUCUGAAACAUCUCCAGAUUGGAACGAGAGAGUGAGAAUGGCAUUGGAUGUUGCUCGAGGAAUUCUCUAUCUUCAUGAUGAAUGUGAAGCACCUAUCAUUCAUUGUGAUAUAAAGCCUCAGAAUAUCCUAAUGGAUGAUUUCUGGAUGGCUAAAAUCUCGGACUUUGGGUUGGCAAAAUUGUUGAUGCCCGACCAAACAAGAACUUUCACUUUGAUGAGAGGAACAAGAGGUUACAUAGCGCCAGAAUGGUCAAAGAACACCCCAAUAUCAGUGAAAGCAGAUGUUUACAGUUACGGAGUAGUGCUCCUGGAAAUCGUAUGCUGUAGAAAAAAUAUGGAUGUUAAGGCGUCAAACCCGGAGGAAGUCAUUCUUAUUAAUUGGGCUUAUAGGUGCUUCAUUAACAGAGAGUUGAAUAAGCUUGUCCGCGAUGAAGUAGAUAAGAAGAUUUUGGAAAACAUGCUUAAGGUGGGGCUCUGGUGUGUGCAAGAUGAACCAGCUCUUCGUCCGUCAAUGAAGAGUGUCGUGAUGAUGUUAGAAGGGAUUACUGAUGUCUCUAUCCCUCCUUGUCCUACCUCUUCCUCAGGGUGAAAUCUCUUAUAUAUGUUGAGUCGUUGAUUUAUAUGUAACUCAAUUUGUAUUUCAUCUUUCAAAUAA